GAUGAGAUGAAUUGAUGAAAUGAAAUGAAAUGGCCAAAUCCAAGCCCAGUGUGACCAGCAAGACGUCGACCGAAGGUGGCCACGCAGAUCGACUGGGCAAGAGGACACUCGUCUUCGACAACGGCGCACACUCGAUCAAGGCGGGCUUCAGUGUGGCCGGAUCGGAGCCGAAAGUGCAGGACUGCCAUGCUGUGGCCAACUGCAUUGCCCGCUCACAACGCGACAAGCUCACCUACAUUGGCCAGGAACUCGACGACUGCCGCGACUUUGGCGAGCUGCAGAUCCGUAGAGCGGUCGAGAAAGGCUACGUCGUCAGCUGGGAAGCCGAAAAGACCAUCUGGGAGCGCACUCUGCUCCACCCGCAAUCGCCCUUUCGCUGUGAUCCUCACCACACCACCCUCCUCUACACCGAAGCCCCCAAUGCGCCCACCGUCCUGUCCCGGAAUGCCGAUGAAAUCAUCUUUGAAGAAUUCGAGUUUCAUGCUCUCUACCGCACCAUCUCUCCCGCCCUGAACGCCUACGCCCCCUCGCCCUUUCCCACCACCACCACCACCCCUACGCCACCCCUUCUUCCCCAUGGCGUCCCUCUGCAAUCGGUCUUGAUCGUCGACGCCGGCCACUCUCACACUACAGUCACCCCUCUAUACCACGGCCGUCCGCUCCACCCCGCUUGCCGACGUCUGGAUAUCGGUGGCAAAACUCUCACCAACUAUCUGCGUUCCCUCCUCUCCCGCACCAUGGACAUGCAUCGCGAAGAGUGGAUCUCGCAAGAAAUCAAAGAAGACACAUGUUACGUGUGUCCCUCGGCGCAAGACUUCUCCGAUCGCUUAGAGAGAGUCUGGAAAGGCGGGCAAAAAGACCACCGAACCAUCGAUGCGAGUCUGGUCGUCGAUUAUGUCUUACCGGACUACGAACGCCUCCUCCGAGGCUUCCCCCGACCACACGAUCCUAGCCAAGGCGCCAAAAUGAGGAGAUUGGGAAUUGGAGGUGCAGCGGGAGGCUGGAGUGAAAUGGUCUUGCCGAUUGGCAAUGAGCGCUUCACCACCCCUGAAAUCCUCUUCACGCCGAGCGAUUUGGGUAUGCAGCAAGAAGGUAUCGCCGGCACUAUUCUCCAAACCUUACACGCCUUACCGAAAGGUUUAUGGCAAUCUUUCCUGGGAAACAUUGUCGUGGUAGGAGGAACGACUCUUCUACCAGGCUUUGUCGAACGCCUCGAAAAUGAUCUGCGCAUGCGUAUUGACGAGGGCUAUGUCGUACGAGUGGCAAAGGCGGAAGAUCCCGUCAAGAAUGCGUGGCUGGGAGGCGCACGAUUGGCACAAAACGAGGAUGUGUUAAAAGCAUUGGUCGUCACGAGAAAAGAGUAUGAAGAGCAUGGCGAUGUGUGGACGAGGAGGAAGUUUGCUGGCAAGGUUGGUAAAUAG